AUGCCGACCCCACUCGUCCCCGCCACUGCCUCCCCCACCUCCACUUGCUCGGCCUGCAAAAGAACUCAAAAAGCACUGCAUACUCCACUGAAAAAGUGCGGCAAGUGCAAGAGCAAACUGUACUGCUCUGAGCACUGCAGCAUCGCCGUCUGGCCGGGACACAAAACGGAAUGCCAGGCGAUCCGCGCCGGCGCGACCGCACCCUCCCGCCCAGCUUCGACGACCUCCAUCCCAACCCAUCUUCCCGGCCAAGGCGGCGGUCCCCAGAUGCUCGUCGACGUCCUCGAGGGGAUGGGCGUCGGGGCGGAUUCCACCAUGGUCCGUGCGGUUGACGAGGCGGCCCCGCCGCCGACCGCCUCGGAACCCGGUCUCGUCGCCCUCACUCGCGGCGCGGCUCCCAAUGCGUAUCUCUCGCGCCUGUCGGAAGCCGAAGCGGUCAACCACCUGAUCGACUGCUUCCGCCUCCGGUGCGCUGACGAGAUGAAAUUCAACAAUAACCCGGUCGGGCUGUAUAAGCGGGAGGACCCCAUGCUGGAGUUUAGGGCGUUUCUCAACAUGGCGGAGGAUAAUAAUGUGCUGCCUGUCUGGUGGAGCGCUCAGCGGCGGUGA